AUGGCGACCACGAAGAGUGCAAAUAGAGAUGCAAAUGAUCUCUUUAGAAAGCAUACCAUCCAUGAAAUACGUGCAAUGCAUGCUGAGCUGGGCAAAGAUGUCGAAAACAAGAAGCAAGAGUUACGAAGUAUGGUUGGUGAACGAUACCGUGACCUGAUUAUCGCUGCCGACUCUAUAUCCACCAUGAAGGACGUCGCAUCAAACAUUCAGUCAUUGAUUAGUGACAUACAGGACGGGUGUGAUACUCUGAAUGUAAAAAGGACUAUAAAUAACGAGAAAUCAUCUUCAAAACUAUCAAAUGAUGCCGAUGCAGAUAGGAAGAAGCAGCUGUAUCCUAUCGCUGCUCAAAUCAAGCUGCUUGUCGAUACUCCUGAACAGAUAUGGCACGCUCUGGAACACCACCAAUAUCUGAGAGCUAGUCAACUCUACAUGCUGGCGAGACUCAUCUUCAAAAACAUUCAUUCAAGUAAAGAUGCACUAUCCACAAAGGCUCAGACUUCGUUUCCAGUGGUGCAGAGACAAUGGGAGGCUGUCUCCCACUUUAGAGCUCCCAUAGUACAACGAGCUACUGCACAUCUAAAAGAAACGACUCAGACUCCUCAAGAGUUGGCAAACACAUUAUGUGCAAUGAUGCUACUUGAUGGAGCACCUCCAUCAGAAGCUCUACAAAAGCUUCUAGAUAUGCGUAGAAUAGCAGCCAUGGAAAUCCUCACUGAUACCAAAACAGACUCCACACCCGCAACACUAAUAUGUACAGUAAUCACGCUUAUUGAAGUCACCCUUCGGCAAACAGCUACAUGCUUUCUGGCUCCUCCGCGGCCACCUGGCACUCCAUCUUCAACACCAAUAGGAUUAUCAUUACUAGAAACUUGUGUACGAAAAUUGACGUCCACGACAAAGACCACUCUAGAUGCCCAGCAUUCUGCCCUGUCCGGCCUAUAUUCCGAAAAGACCAAUCUACAUAUAUUAUUUAGACAUUUACCACCUGCUGUGCAAUCAUUUGUACCAUAUUUGCAUCUCCCAAACCCAUCAUCGAUUGUACCUGAAUCGGAAGUACGGAAACUUGUGGCUGCUUGUAUUGAACGGUUGAUGAAGGAAGUGAACGAUGGUGCAUAUCAAGUGCUAAAAACAAGGGUUGGAUCCGGUAUACGGUUGUCUCAAGUGAGACAAUCUGUACUAGACAAGAUUUCAUCUAUUGAAAUAGUACCCUCUGCUGAAAAUGGUCAUAGCCCGUCACCAUCAUCACCAGCGAAAUCAGCGCCUCAAAUACCAUGGUCGUCCAUCACAUCCCAACUAUUAGAAAGCCGAUUCUCAUUCUGGACUAGCCUGUUACGAUCCACCUUCUUUCGCCGAGCCAAAGAUCUCAUAGAAGCGUCAUUCACAGUCAUAACGACGCAACCUUCGACUUUGUAUACGUCAAAACUAGAAUCAUUGAGUACCCAGGAUCGAAAUAUGGAAGGUUUUAUAUGGGCUGCUGAAUCUGAUGGAGUGUUGCGUGGAUGGACACCAUCGAUUGCUGAAAUAACGGGAAAGUUUGAGAAGGGGAUUAUGGAAGUCAGAGCGGAUAUAGAACCAUUGUUUGCUGGUAGUAGUGUUAAGGAUGAUGAAGAUCCGUUUGAUUUGCAGAUUGAUGCCAAAUCAUUAGCCAAAGCAUACCAGGAAUGUACUUCAAUGGCAUUGCAAGGAUACAGAGAUGGAUUGAUUGCACUCCUUGAUGCCACAAGACCCAGAGGUGAACAUACUCCAUCUGAAAGAGAGCUACGAGUGGAUCAAGGACUGUUUAUUGGGCGAGCUGCACAAGCUAUCGUCACUCGAUCGAAAGCUUUUGCUAGUGCUCUCUUCUUGGAGGAGCCAUUAUCUAGUAGUGUUACUGGUAAUUCGUCGAGGACGUCUCGAACGAGGAGACCAUCGUUUCGCAGUGGGAGUACUUUGUCGUUGCGGGUGCUUGGUGCUGUUGAACCUGAUCCAAGACUAUCUCAUCUAAAUCGCAUGAUGAUGGAAGUCUACAUCCUAUCCCAUGGACCAUGGACACGUUCAACAGCAGAUUCUAUAGCAACGCUCGUAACCAAAUCUCUGAAGUCAUUUGAUUGGAGACAAGUGAAUGCCUUGACUGAAGUAUGGGAACCAGUAUCCAUUCAAGGAACGAAUGAUGCUGGCGAAUCUAUAGAAGAGAAGGUUUCAUUGCCUGUAUUCGCAUCGAGCUUUCUGGUGGAUGGGCUAUGGAGUGCUUGUAAGGAGAUUAAUCGUGUUGCUGGGUUUUCACUUGAUAAGACCGUAUUACGAAACUUUCUACUCGAAUUAUCCCGUCGAACAUUACAAUCCUACGAAGACUUUUGCAACUCAGUCCUCAUGACUGACUCGGUCUCUGAAAAAUCCGCCUUCCAACUCUUAUUCGAUCUACGCUUCCUAUAUAAAGUCUUUGAAGGAGCAUGGAAUCCACCACAACAGCAAUCAUCAUCAGAUAUGGGUAUAGGCCACAUAGGUCUGGAACUCGAAAGCAAAUCUCACGACGUAUUAUCACGAAUCAAGAGUAAAAUCGAUCCGAUUGAUUUAGCAAUUGUGGAUGCUCCCAUACGUGGGAAUGUAGAGAGGUUUUAUGUUAGGACUCGUAGUAUGUUUGGUGGGAUGUUGGAUUUGAAUGCUAUACCACAGGAAGGGAGGACGAAUCCUGCAUUACAUGAAUUGCACAAUGUCAUUGCUUUAGCGCAAGGAGCACCUCGAUUCACGCUAUUGCCUGUUCCUGCACCAUUGGCGUCUCGUACUAGUCAGUUUAGAUUGGCUCGUGCUGGGAAAAUGGAAUCAAGUGGGGCACUACCACCACUAGUAACUCCUCCAACGAAACUCAUCCCCCAACCCACCGCUACAACAGCAACAUCUCAAGACACCUCAUCACCAAGCGCCCGCUACCGCGCUGCCAUACGAGUCGCGCAACGAACAGCCCCCUCCAUCGAAACAUCCACAACAUCUGCCUCAUCAAUCUUCAGUAACGCAGCUGCAACAAUGGCUGGAGCAGCUGGAAGCCCUGCAAUAGGAUUAGCUGGUGUGAAUCAAUUGGCUCAAGGUGGUCAACAGGCUUUACAACGGGGUACAGAGUAUUUGAUGAAUGCUGGUGGAUUUUUGGGUGGGUUGUUGGGUGGUUCGCAAGGGAAUUUGGCGUCGCCGGGAGGCGGAAGUGUUGCGGGGCAGAGGCCGGCGAGUCCUGCCGUUGUUAAGACUGCUUCGCAUAGGUAG